AUGGCCUCGACGAGCGUGUUCCAAAAUUUAAUAAUAGAGUUAAAAGUGUUGAUUUUUGAACAUACGACCAAUAUAUUAGACCUUGGAGUCACGUGUAAGGCUUGGGCAAAAGUCAUACAAGAUCCGCACGCCCGAGCAAAGUGGCUCAUAAAGAAAUACGGAAAAUCAUAUGCACUGUUUCAUGCCGUGCGUUUAGGUCCUAAAUUUAUAAACGCGGAGGUGGUACAAUCAUUGCUCUCUAAUAAAGCUAGUCUCUCGAGAUACUUUAUCCAGAGACUUCUUCUUCACUUUGGCGAAUAUGAUUCAAAGCUUACCGAAUUAAAAGCCAAACAUAAUGUUUGCACAGCGGAAACGAAUAAGAUCAAUGACUUAAAAAGACAAAACCUUCACCCGUGGGCCAGUAACCUUCCGGUUGAUGUCUUUGUGGCCAUCUUAAACGAAGGAUAUAAUAGGUUUAAAGAAGAAGAUAUGAAUAUCAAAGGAAAUGAUAUGGAAUUGUUCCACUUUCUUUCCGCAGGCCCGUUGAUAAUUAGUCAGGCCGAGAGAAAGCUUAAAGAAAAUUAUGAGCUCAUCAAGGAAUUAAUUUUAAAAAUGUUAUUCAUCCCGCUGCCACCAAGACCAAAAGUAAAGUUUACUGAUACAGUUGAAUACUUGCAAAGAUCGCAAGCACCCGAGGAGUACCCCCCUAAAGACGGAUAUGAAAAUGACAGGCAGUUGAAUGUGAUCGCGAGAGCGAUACUAAUCUGCCCUACCCUAGUAGACUUAUGGAAAUCUAUAGGAUACGUUGAAAUCUGCAGAGACGUAAACGACUUGGUUUUACAAGGGGCAUUACUAAUUUUGUUCCCUCCAAAUCCUUUAGACACUUACGUUCAACCAAAGGUGUGUGAGAUCGUGAGCAAACUUGCAGAACUCACAAAAUUAGGGUUUCACUUGUCCACAUCCGUGAUGGCCGACGCAUUUCUCAUUUUCGAGCAAAAGUUAGAAACCAUUGGAGAUGUGAUGAUCAAGGCCUUUCAGGAAAUUCAAGAAGAAACGUGUUCACAAAUUGCAUCGGAAUGUUUGGAAGAGAUCGCGAAACCUGGAAAGAAUUUGAGAAAUUCCAAUGUAUUGAAUUUUCUGAAAAAUUAUAUUGAACCAAAGUUUCAAGCAAAAGUGGUCAAUGAAAUACUCGAUAAGUCAGGAGUAGGAAUAAGAAAAAAUGAGAUGAAAAAAAUUCAUAGGAUGUUAGAUAGGCCAACAGGAAUAGUUUCACUCACUCUCAAUUCGAUAUUCUAUAAGUGGAAUCUUGAGGAGUUUGGGCACGAGCUCAAAAUUAUAGAAAGGUGUUUUGAUGACAUUUUAAUCGCUCGUGUGUGGAUUGAUAUUCAAUUAAAAAAUCGCCCGGGUCAAACUGUACCUAAAGAGAUGACACCCAGCGCAUGCAAAGCAAUAUGCUCUAUAUAUUCAACUUACUGCGCGGCCAAAGUUUCAUUUAAAAAUUAUCAUUUGUUAAUUCUCUGCAAAUCCAAUUCUAAAGAUGUCAUUGAUCCUUUUUUCGAGUUUAUGAAUGACUCACUUGCGAAAGAUGAAGCAUAUUUAAAAUUCAAUGGACUUGAGGAAACAAAAAAACUACUAAAUAACAUAAAAACCAUGAACAAAACCAAGCCUUAUCAUAAGCAGAAGGUGCACAACCUGAUACUGCUAGAUUGGAUAAAUAAGUUGGUUUAUAUGUAUAAUAAUAAGAUAAAUUCAGGAAGUCUUUCCAACUUCAAUCGACAAUUCCUAGAAUUUUGGAGUCAUUUCAAUAGAACAGUGCUUUACAAUGAGUACGGCCGAGGAGAGUUUCAACCAAACAAGAAUAAUAUCAAAGGUAAAUUUCAAAUAUUUAAGUUAUAA